AUGGCAUUUGUUUUGAUCGUCAACGUUUGCAACAGCAGACGGGCCUGUUUCCGCAAUCUCGUCAACGUAAGCCUCGGAGGUGUCAAAAUCUUGAUUGAAUUUGAGGCUUGGCUGGGAGAAAGGAGGUCGAUCAGAAUCAUGGGCCGGGCUAGACUUGGCUCGGUUGUAGAGCUGGGCGACGAGUCGAGAUUGUACCCGCCAGAAGGGAAGGCGCCGGCCUCUUGGGAAUCCGUUUUGAUUGGCCAUCGCCCCACAUAG